AGCUCAGAGAGGGAGGAUGGACACAGCGUACAGACCGAAUGGAGAGAACAUGGCUCUGAAUAAAGUGGGCGACAUAGAGGCACUGACAGCCCCCUCUGGAAAGGUGCAUCGGCCCAUCAACUUGAAUCACUACGCCAGUAAGAAGAGUGCUGCUCAGAGCAUGCUGGACGUCGCCCUGCUGAUGGCCAACUCGUCUCAGCUGAAGACCGUUCUCUACGUGGGGCCUCACUACCGCUUCUACAUCCCCCUCAUCGUGCUGCUGGCGCUGUCCAUCACGCUGCAGGUCCUAGUGGGGCUGCUGCUCAUCUUUAUUGUGAAGUACGAUCUUAACGACAUGAGGAAACACGCUAAACUGAACAGAAUGAACAACGCAGCGACCUUGUUCGUCUUCUUCACCGUCCUCGUCAACAUCUUCAUCACAGCGCUGGGAUUUGAUGGACAUGCUCUCAGGUCAUUCGAGUCACCUGCGAUGUUAAUAUCAGAGCCUCAGCUUUCCAUUCUGCCCGUCGACCACAACGUGACUGGUGGCAUUUAGACCAGGUGUUUGACCACAAUAAGACAUUUCCUUGUUCCCCUGUUAUCUCAAAGUCUUUCAAUCUAAAGGUCUUUUUGUAACUUCUGUAUCAGCUCCCUGUUCAAAUUACGACUUUGAGCAAAGAUUCUCCAGCUGGAAUAAACUUUUAAUUCCUGACUGGAUUUAUUGGAUCCACUCCACAUUAGUGGUGAAAGGCUUAUGUGGAUCCAGGCUGGGACAAAAGACUCCUCAAGCAAAACCUCAGAGACCAUCGACCACAACCUCCAUUCAGGAUCACAGCUGUUAAAUUUCAACUCAACCAAAGAUACAACCACAGAGCAUCACCACUGCCUCAUCUUCCCUCGGGUCCACAUGCAGCAGACUCUACUGCUGUGUGCUUUCUCUGCCAAACUGUUUUAAGCUUCUAUCUUGUAAAUAUAACAGUGCUUUAUAUUGUUUUUGUUCAACGGUUAGAUUGGUGGAAUAGAGCGCUGCAGGAAUGGCUUCUGAAACCUGGAGAUGAGUUAGUAUUUUAGUAACUCUGGUUCCCUCGUCUCAAAGUCAAUGGGUUUAUUGAAAGGAUUGUUGGUUAGAUUAAUUUGAAAGCUUUUACUUGUGUUUAAAGAGUUGGUUGCUAACAGGUGGCUCAAUGAAUCUAUAGACAACGUUCCUACACCUUAAAUAUCAAAUUCCCUCUAAAGUAAGGACCCAUCAUAGCAGUUUGAGACAGAUCAAGAUUUAUUACUGUUACAACACUGAGAAUAUUGAAAAUGCUGCUGUUUAACAUCAUUUGACUUCAAUCACUCUGAUCCUGAUUCAUUAAAGCUGAUUCUUAUUCAUGCAUGCACGUGACUGUCACACUUUCUCCAGGCAGAAGACACACAUGCAGACAGCAGAUCGGAGGCUGCUUAACUAGGAGAACAGAGUACAAAAAGGAAAAUUAAACUUCCCCAUUUGAUAACUCACAUUAAGACCAUUAUUUUUGUGUUAAAAGUUUUCGAAAAAUGUUAUGCUUAAAUAUGCAAAUGAGGCAUUAUCUAAUGAUAACUUCUGGUGAAUUUAGGAGAAAUCUACAGACGCAAAAAGACAAAAUAGUAAAAUAAACAGCUGAAUGUGUAUUUUGGAUGUUUUCUCUCCACUAGACUGAAAGAGAUGUUAUGGAGGGAGAUAGCCCAAAAUAUAAUCUCAAAACAAUUUCUAUUCUUGCACAAAUUGUAUAAAUUCAAGCACUUUCAAUGACAGAUGUCUAUUUAUGUCUAUUUUCAACAACUUUCAAGGCCUUGAUUUUUUUCUGUCUUCACGCCAAACUUUGAAACUGAUGUACUCACUACUUCACCUUUAGUGGAAGGCUUUUGUACAAGAGGUGAGCACGUGUUGGAUACUUAGUGGGGGUGAUGUGAAGUUAUGUCAGUGUUAGCUUUUUACUGCUGAUUCUUCGAAAAUCAUUUAAGUGUUGAAGAUUAUCUUCUAAAGUAUCUGAAAUGUUUGCUGCCUCACAGUUUAUAUUCUGUAAUAAUCCAGUGGAAGAAUGUGAUGUGCAACCUCAACUUCUGGGUUGGCCAACAAAAAUACAUCAUCCCUGCAGCACUCCACUGAGCUCAAGUUUUGUAACCAAAUAAAUGAAUUCAUAACUUAAUAUUUGACUGUGUUGUAUGUCUGGAAACACGUCUACUAUUCUGUUAAUACUCUUACUUCCACCUUAGUAACAUUUUUGCAUCCUUUUGGAAUUCAUCUUGAUGUUUUACAUACAUUUCAAACUAUUUAUUUAAUUUGUUUUUAUUCCCACAUUUAGACAGCCUUUGGUUUUUGACUGGACGUGGCGAGCACAGCUUGGAAAUAAAGACGUCCUCAGUCU